AUGCGCCAAAUUGCCUCAUCACGAAUUUUUGUCAUCAUGAUGAUGAUAUUAUGCUUGUUCUUCAUGAUUGGAUCGUCCCACAGUUUGUCUGAUAGAAUUAGAAAUUCUCUUUCUCGCUCUUUUGCUAUCGGAAGCGCUUCUUCUGCUAAAACUUGUGAAUUGAUUGAUUCCGAAAUUAAUCAACAAUCUUUGAAUUUUUGUCAUGAUAGAGUGAAUUAUUUGACUACCAUUCCUGAAUGGAAUAAGACAACAGAAACUGAAGCAGUUGGUGCUAGAAAUGCUGAUAAGGUUGCUGCUUUAUACUAUAAUUUAAUGAAUUGGGAUAAUGCCAAUGGUCAAACACCAUCAAAGCAAUGUCAAGAAUUGGUUCAUUCCAUUGUUUGUCAUGCUGUUUUUCCAUUAUGUGUUCAAAAGACAAAUUAUAUCCGUAAUUUGUACCCAUGUGAAGAUAAGUGUCAAGUUGCUAUGAAAACUUGCAAUACUACAAGUAAUGAAGCAUUAGGAAAGGACAUUGAAAUGUUCUGUAUUGAUAGUAAGACUUGUAAUGAUUACAAGAAUUAG